CUUCUUCCCUUAUCAACAAGUCUCGAACUUGUCCGGGCAUCGCAGAAAUUGGGGAAAUUUCCAUCAGCAUCUUGAUUGACGUUUGCGACAACCGAUUCUACCCCUCGACAUCGAUCCCAAUUCGCUCCGAACUCAAGACUCUGUAACCUGAGGAACAUCCUCCCUCCCAUCACAUACACAAUGGAAUCAACAUCACAGACCUCCUCCAAAAACCAACCCAUCGCCGCCGUUCUCCUCUCGCGCGCCCAUGACCCCGAAGAAACCAAACGCAUCCUCACCGAAAAGAUCCAACAACGCCCGCUCUUCCUUUGCCCAUCCUCCCCUCCACCCUCCGACGCCCGCGCCGCCCGCCGCCGCGAACGCGAAAAGAAGCGCCUCUCCCGCAAAAAGACUUUAAAACCCAAACCGCUCUCGGCCAACGAGCGCCGCAAGCUCGGCCUCUACGACGUCCCCCGCUCGGGGCAGAGAUACGCCUUGUUCGAGCCGCUCCACCAGCUCUGGCUGGGGUACAUCCGCGAGAUAUUGGGGAACGAGAUACACACUGGUGGCGAGGGUGCGGCGUCAAAGUUGACGAGCGCGGAUUUUCAUGGUGCUGAGGUCGAGGUGGUGAGGAGUGGGUGUGUGAGUCGGGUGGGGUUGAAGGGGAUCGUGAUUAAGGAUUCAAGGUUUACGUUUGAGGUGGUGACGAGGCGGAAUCAGAGGAAAUUGGUGCCGAAGGAGGGGACGGUGUUUAGGAUUGAGGUGCCGUUGGGAGGGGUGCCGACGGCGACGGUGGAGGAGGGACAAAGUGACGAAAAGCAGCAGCAACAACAAACAGAGGCCGAGCAACCAAAGAUGAUCUUUGAAGUACACGGCGAGCAGUUCCAGUUUCGGUCGGCGGAUCGCGCGAACAAGAAGUUCAGGUCACACUUCUCCAAGAUUCUAUGAGGCGGAGAGGAGGAUAAAGAUACGACACACGAUACGAUACUACAACCCAAAAAUCUCGACCUCUUCGUUUGUCUCGGCUGUUUUAGGGAAAUGCCGUGGAACGGGAGCGAAGGCGGUUCCCAUGGGAGCCCUGAUGCGGCCAGUGAGCGAAUGUGCUCAAGAUUCUGACUGUCGCCACGAACUC